AUUAUUAAGUGCAACGCGAGCGUCACUCGGAAAGCAAGUUAAAAUUGAACUGUUUGCAAGUUUGGUCCACAGAACUGACUGCUUGUCCUUGUAAAUCAUUACGAAACAUUUCAAAUAACAAAGUUAGCUCUAGAAUGCAGGCAAUUCAACGGCCGCCACUCAGCGCUUGCGCUCGCCCAACCCGUUGCCAUUUUGCGCCGACGAAAGCUGCAUUCCCAUCUGGGAGAACUGGGUUUGCCCAACUACAAGUAUGCAGGGCUCGGCUACAAGGCGAGGAGCAGGCGGAGGAGGACCGCGUUGCCAGUGCGCGCGCGGAGGUCACGAAGCGGAUAAAGGCACUGGGUACUCAGGGCAAAGUGAAGGACGCUAUCUCGGCCUUGGCGGGCCUGGCUAACCUGGGCAUUCAGCCCGACACGCGGGCGGCGACGGCGCUGGUGCAGGCGUGCACUCGUGACAUGGAGCUGGCUCAGAGCAUCUUUGACGAGAUGUUUGGCGAGUUCCUGCAACCCGACGAGGUGACCUUCUCGGUGCUGCUGCGCGGCUACGGCGCCACCACGCCGCCCGACUGGCCGCGCAUCGACUCCACACUGACCACCAUGCGUGUGAAGUACGGGAUAGAGCCCACCGCACUGUCCUUCAACGCGCUGCUGGAGGUGUGCUGCCGCACCAGCGACAUCGACCGCGGGCAGGACAUCAUCGACCGCAUGGCCGCUGACGGCGUGGAGCCGGACGAGUUCACGGAGGAGGUGGUGGCGCGCCGCCGCGUGCUGCGCAGCUACCUGCGCAAGACGCUGCUGUGAGCAGGGAGGUGGUGGGCAGCAGAGGGCUGUGGGGCGGGAUCGGCCGUGGGCAGGAGCUGCGGAGGACCGGGUGAGGGACGGCGGCGGUCGGACAACAGCAUUGAGAACGAGCUUGGCUCUGGCGUGCGGGAGGCGCUUGGCUGAUGAGGUUGGCCGGUGUGUUGCUUUCGCCGGGUAAUGAGGUGGGGGUGAAGAGAGUAUGGGUGUGCGGCUGUUGUGGUCCUGGGAGGUUCACGCUGGCCGCCGCGGUGUGGUCCUGGAGGGCGCGAGACAACCCCCCCCCCCGGCACGAGGGGUGUUUUAAGCGAACGCCGGGACCUAGCACAAAAACCUAGGCACAAAAACCCGCAUUAGAAUGGACGCUGUCUUAUGCUGAUGGUGGAAGGCUUUGGACGGCUAUACGGAGGGUUUGCGGCGGUGCUGAGCUUAGGGUCGGAAGCGUCGCAGUGACCUCACGCCGUGCGGCCCCCUGGCCCGCUGACCCACUUCUUUAGUGUCACACAUCUCUGCUCGUCACUUGCCGAUGAAAUGUACUC